AUAAUAUUAGGAAUGUUGUCCUCUUCUUCAAUCCUUAACGCAAGAAAAUAAGUUACAAUUAGAAAGCUCAACUGUCCUAACGAAGUAUUUUUUAGCUUCCAAGUCACUUCUUUCCUAAUGUUUGUUGUGGAAUAUCUACUUUGCUGAACACACAUAAAUAAUCAGCACCCACCCAGCAUUCAAUCAAGACCAAAAUCAUUAAAGCCUCGCUCUUUCCCUACGAUGUUGGUUGAAUUGCAAAUCUUACGCAUUAAGUUCCAUUAAGGAAACAUACACCGACUCUUCAUAGCUUUAGAUUGAGGCCGAAGAUGGUGAACAUGAUCAUCUGAUGCAACUGGAAGAUUCCUCACCCUUCCCUGUGUUUUCUAUUGAAAUCUUUGCUAACAUUGUUUCUCAUGAACCAACCAUUAUGCAACAGCUUUUGGUGCCACAGGGCCAGUUGAUGCAGUCCAGAACUUCCUGGUCAGCUAUAUCUAGCAAGCUUUCGCAGAUGCAUGUACCCUUUAGCCUUCAUGCAACGGUGACGCAAAAGAUCAUAGAAUGUGCACGGUCGGCAGCGAACGAGGUACAUAACAAGAACCGCAAGAACAUACCUAUUGUUGUGACUCUUUGUCCUGUAAGACUAAUGGAAGAGGAAGCACUACUUUCUGAGCACGAGGCUUCUGCAGAAUCCUUCGAUGUGCAAGUUUUCAGGCUGAGGGGUGCAAGCAAGGGAGCUAUUGAGGCAUUGGAGAAGGUUAAAGUUGAAGGAUUUACAGGACAGUGUGUUAUUUGUUUGGAAGAGAUUUUGGAUGGGAUGAAAGCUUGUGGAAUGCCUUGCUCCCAUGUGUAUCAUCACGAUUGCAUCGUCAGCUGGUUGGAGAAGAGCAACGUUUGUCCACUUUGUCGUUUCAGAUGCCUACUUGAUCUGUGAUGUACUCAAGUUGGAUCUUUGGUAUUAAUUGGAGAUGGUUCCAUUCAUACAAUUUUAAUUUUGUCUUUAACAAAGUGAUGUAGGAUGUGUAACUUGGCAAUGUUAACAGGAUUUCAGCUUACUUAUGUUUAACUAAUUUGGUUUGCUUCUCUUA